AUGGUGGAUGAGAGGGACGAGGUGGCCGCACUUUUUGAGAAGGUGGAAAGCCUCCGGCUGGACCCUCGUGAAAUGAUGUUCCUGAAGACGAUGGCAUUGGCAAAGUCGCGUGCCGGCCAAUUCGAGCAACUCGCCCUCCACCUCGUCGCCUAUCACCAAAUUGCAUAUGCUGGACAACCGUUCAGGCCCUCAAUCCGAGACGCAUCUAUGGCCAGGCUCAUCGCGGAUCUUCUCGUCCCUCCUCCAACCCCCCAACUUGCCAUGCCAAUCAAUCCAUUUGCUCUGGCACAACAAUUCGCCCUCCAUUCCCUCAAUCCAUUCCAAUCAGGCGUCCAGUGUCAGCCAGGGUCCUCCACCUCGCCCUCAUCGAUCUCUGAAGGAGCACCAUCUCCCCUUUCCGAACCCCUGAAUCUGGCUGAAAAUUUGAAGAGAAGAGACCCGAAGAUUGAGGUCGAUCUUGAUGAGGAAGACUCGAAAAAUGAUGGCGACUUGGAGACGACCGCUGAAGAA